UCGAAGCAAAGUCAUCUUUACUCCAACUCUCCCUCGCUUUAUUUUGCCAAUUUUAUGAAUUUCGCCGAAGUUGUCAAUGGCGUUUGUAGUUCCUCUCUGCAACCUUGCUCCUGAUUUAACCGUCUCGAAACUCUGCUUAGGAACCAUGACUUUCGGCGAGCAAAACACUUUGGCCGAAUCAUUUCAAAUCCUCGACAAAGCCUUCAACUCCGGAAUCAACUUCUUCGACUCUGCUGAAAUGUAUCCAGUACCUCAGCGUUCAGAAACUCAUGGCAGAAGUGAGGAGUAUUUUGGGCGUUGGUUUAGAGAAAGAAAAGUCCCUCGCGAUAGUGUUGUUCUCGCCACUAAGGUCAGUGGACCAUCUGGACAGAUGUCUUGGAUCCGAAAUGGACCAGAAAGCUUGGACGCUCAGAACAUAACUGAGGCUAUUGAUAAUAGCCUGUUGCGUGUAAAGACUGACUACAUCGACUUGUAUCAAAUUCACUGGCCUGAUCGCUAUGUUCCUAUGUUUGGAGAAACUGACUAUGACCCGCUUCGGAAUUAUGCAUCAAUCAGUUUUGAGGAACAACUUGAUGCUUUAGAAAGAGCUGUUGAUGCUGGUAAGAUCAGAUACAUUGGCCUUAGCAAUGAAACACCAUAUGGUAUUAUGAAGUUCCAACAAGUUGCCAAAAGUAGAGCUGGGAAUCUUCAAAUAGUGUCUGUUCAGGUGUUGUAUUGCUCAAUCCUGUAUAAUAACGCAUACAACUUGCUAUGUCGAGAUUUUGAUUUAGCUAUGGCUGAAUGCUGUCACAAUGAGAGGAUAAGCUUGUUGGCAUACAGCCCGCUGGCCAUGGGCAUACUUUCUGGAAAGUACUUCGCCGAAGAUGGAGGUCCAUCUGAUGCUCGUUUAAAUCUGUUUAAAGGGAGGUAUAAGGAAGGGGAGUCCAGAUACAACCUGUCAAACUCUAAUGCCUUAUAUGCCGCCAAAUCAUACCUAGAGAUUGCAGACAGAUAUGGUAUUCAUCCAGUUUCUCUUGCAAUUGCCUUUGUUAUGAGACACCCUCUUGUGGCUAGUGUUGUCUUUGGAGCAACAAAAGUUUGGCAGCUCGAAGAGGUUCUUGAUGCGUGCAAGGUCAACCUCACUCCUGAGAUAAUUACUGAGAUUAACAAGGUUCACUCGAGGUUUCCAAGCCCUUGUCCUUGAAAAGUAUUGAUCUAUACCCACAAUCACCACAAAGUCCCUGCUCUGAAGAGGCAAUUUAAAAUACACUGCUUGAAAAGAUUUUAGCUAGAACAUUUGGACUUUAUCAUUAACUGAUGGAGGUCUAUCAAAUGUGUGAAAGUGACAACCACAUGUGAAAACAACCAAGAAUCUGGGCUGUCGAUUGGUGCUUUGUAUCUAUCUAGCAUGAAAAGAAAAAAAGAAAAAGAUAGGAAUGUGGGAGUAUUAAUUGUUUAUUUUCCUUUUUGAGAAUUAAUUGUUUCUUAUUGUAGAAUUCAACACGGCAAGUCGGCAACCAACGCUGUUAAGUAGUCACUUAGGCCGCAUUGCCGGAUGUUACUUCUUUUUGCAACAAGAAUAUGUUUAUUUUCUCCAAUGACUUUUCAAGGGUAGUAGGAGAAAAUACAAAUGCCUUGGGACACUUAAAAGGAUUCAUAGUAACUGCAUUGUACAGUAUUUAUUUGUUGA